AUGGCUUCACACCAACAUCACGCCCGCAACGUCCAAAUCGGUGCGGCCCCGGCCCAGGCGAAGAAGAAUGUGAACAACAGAGUCAAACAACGUCGCGUAAGCGGUGGCACCGACAUGUUUGGCCACAUCCAGCCACGCUACAACAAUCCUGUCCUUCACCCCCCCGGUCACAUACCGACUGACGAUGUCGACGCCAAUGCCGACGCCACCACCCACGCUCCCAUCAAAAUGGAUACAUCCACAAACAUGACGGCCUCGCGGUCGUCCCCGGCCACUGCUGGGACCGGGACAGUCAGUGUCUGCCCCGCUUGCAAACGUACGUUUAAGCGCCGCUGCGACCUCAACCGCCACCGGCGCACGCACACACGGCCAUUCAAGUGCCAGAUGCCCAACUGUGAGUACAGCAGGCGCGGCUUUCCUACAUCCCAGGAGCUCCAGCGACACAUGGACGACCGGCACUCGGACAAGCCACCCACUUUCCACUGCUCCUUCGAGGGCUGCAACUACAGCUCCAAGCGCGAGUCGAACUGCAAGCAGCACAUGGAGAAGACACACGGCUGGACGUACGACCGCAGCCGGCACAACAACGGCAGCAAUGCGGCGGCUCGUGCCAACAGCAAUGACAACAUUGCUCACGAUCACGAGUAUGGCAGCGAAAUCGACGCUGCCGCUGCCGCUGCCACUGCUGCUGCCGCUAACGCUGACGCUGAUGCUGAUGCUGACGGGGAGACCGAGAGCGUCCAGACGAAGCACAAGGAAGAGUAUGGCGACGAUGAUGAGGUUGCUCACAACUACGCCAUGCCGGCACUCGCUGCCUCCUCCACGUUGUCGCCCACCGGAGAGGACUAUGCACUGCACCAGCAGCAGCUGCUUCAAUACCAGCAGCUGCAACAGUUCAACAACUCUCUCUCUCACGCCUCGAGUCCCAUGCCGAUGAUGAGCGGCGAGGCCGAUUUCAUCCUGUACCCGGACAACCAGCCCCAGCAGAUUACGCUGGGCAGCGGUGCCACAGCAGCACUAGCAGCAGAUGGAAGCGUCGUCUAUACCACCACCGACACCCUCACCACCAGCGCUGCGGCAGCCAACCUCGGGGCUGCCAACGCCUCCCCGGCCGCCGAUGCCAUCUCCAACUCGUAUGUGCCGUGGGAAUCACCUCUCACACAGCAGGAGGAAAUCUCCAAUCUCAUCCGCACCACGUCACGUCGCUUCGACAUGCAGUCUCAGCAGCAAAAGAUGCAUACUCAGACGCCCCCCGCACGCCCACUCGCCCACGCCCAGGCACAACGGGUCCCGGUCGCAUCAGUGUACCCUCAAGCCAUCGGCUACUUCGCACCGGCCAACUACCAUACCUCCCAGGUGCCGUUGCCGACGUCGGUGCCUGGCUCGACCGCGCCUUCUGCUGCAGCCGCUGGUGACUACGCUGCAGCCUUUUCCCCUUCGACGCCUUUCAUGGGCACACCUCACGCCUUCCAGCAUCAGCAGAGCGCUGCCUAUAUAUCCCCUCAAACUCCUUUAGUCGGCGUGCCUACACUCUUCACGCAAGCAUGGCCGGCGCUACUUUCUACCACAACAGCUCAAACGCAACAGCAACUGCAUGUCUUUGCCGAGCAGACCGCCGCCCUCCGCCAGCAAGCCCGUGCCAAAGCUGAGGCGGUUGAGGCGGCACAGGCACCGUCACCGGCGAAAAUGAUGCCGAUGACGCAGGAAAUUGCCACAGCCGCCGCUGGUGAAAGAGGCAUUAAACGUGACCACGAUACCUAUCAGCGGGACACCAACAACACGGCAAACGAGGACAAUACGCACGGUCAUAACGACGACAGCGGUGGUGACGACGACGACGAAGAGAUGGACGGCAACGACGGCCAACCGCCUCACCCUCCCCAAGACGUUCACAACAAUGCCGACAACUUCGACGACGACCAUAUGCCGUGCCCUUACCACCAAACCGAUCCGGGAUACUACUACCGCGACAAUGAGGAGCGCUUCUCGCCGUGCCACACCCAGCACCGCUACAUUUCUACCCUGUUCCGCCACCUUGGACGCGCAGCGCACAACCUCAUCAUUACCGAGAAUAGUGCGUCGUCCUUUGGUGUCCGCGAGUCUGGGAAUCGGCCCCAGCUGCAGGCUGGUCUCUGCCGUCGUUGCUGGACCUCAUUUACGGACCAGGCCGCCUUCAACACCCACGUUGAGAUGGGCCGGCCCUGCGCCCGAGCCUCGCGAAGCAAGCGUGAGAAGUACAGCCAGAUUCUGCGUACAUUUUGCACACCUCGGCCUGAGACUACGACCGCGGCGCCGGCUCCAGGUACUAGACCUGCUACUCCCGCCCCUACUGCCCCAGGGCCUCGAGCCGUGCAGCUUGCUCGUCAGCCGGCUGCGUCAAUUGAGGACAACGCCGGCCGCUUAGUACCGCCGCAGGUUCAGGUGCAGGUGGGUCAGGCACAAGUCGCUCCCACCGUUGCCGCUUCCGCAGCGGGUGCUACUGCGGACCCCAGGAGCCCAGAUGUCAAGGUCUCGCCCACGCAACAGGAGGUACAGGCUCGGUCCAAAAUCCUGGCCGAUUGCAAUCCUAACCGCAACCAAUUCCCUGUCCAGGGCCGUGCCCACCCCCUGCACAAGCACAACAACUCGGUCGAGAGCUCGACCCUGGCCGACGCCGACUUCUAUGUGUCGCGCACCGAGUUCCAGGGCUUUACCCAGAGCGUCACCCAGAAAAUCAGCGCCCUCGAAGCUCUCGUGCAGCAAAUUGGCACCGGCGUUGGCUCCGCCAUUGCCCCGGCCACGACACGCGCUGCAGCUUCAUCUUCGUCCACCCAUCCUCCCUCCUCGCUUGGCCCUGGCCCUGCCCGGUCGGUCAUCAGUGCUAUCCAGACCGAUGCCGGCGCCCACGAGCGCGGAAGUCUGGUGAGGGAGAUGGACCGCCAGACGAUCCUGGAAGAGGACGAUAAUGCGGAUGACACCAGCUGUAGCAAUCGCCGUCGCCACCGUCAGACCCACCUUGGUCACCAGUCCCAGGAGUCACGGGCGUCUAUGCCCGUGGCUGCCCUCGAUGCCAACCAGAUGCUCGCCGGCAUUGGUGAGCCGCUACGCACACUGUCAGGCUUGUCAUCGACCUCCGAUGGUUCGUCUGUGCUUCACGUCCCGCCACCGGCUUCGGUGUCCGAGGACAAUUCGCGGUCACGCCAACGGCGCCAGCAGCAGCAGCAAGCCCAAGGUGGUCUACCUGGCGACAUUCGCCGGCCCCAGCAAUUGGUCCGACAGCUGGAGCAGCUGGGACAACAGGGUGAGCAGCAGCAAGCCCAACCUGUUGGCCGCCAGCGUCAUCACAAUGAGGAGGCUGAGACGUUGCCCGACACGGCACCUGAGACAGUGGCGGACUCGGGCUACGUCAGCAGCGAUAACAAGAACCCACAUCAUCAAAACCGGUCGGACUACUCCGCGAUGGGCACCCUGCCGGUCGUCCACGAGGUCGCCGCCCCAACCGCUUCAUUUGGCUCCCUCCUCGGCCUUGCGGCUAAGGACGUGGACGACGAGAACAAUCCCGUCAAUGCCGAUAUUGACGAUGGUGUGCAACCGCCCUCCAUGUUUGACGCCGAGCACCGUGACGACUUUGAUGAGACCGACGUCCUAUGGUGA